AUGUCUUUCCUAGAGCUUCCGUUAGAGCUUCGUCUCAUCAUCUACGAACAUGCAGCUGUCGAGGGAGCAGCCGUUACAAUUGGAGCUUGCGAGCUGACGGGCAAAGGACCCGACCUUGUCCACCGAGUAUACGGCAACAAGCGUGCCCCGUAUCCCGGCCUUCCACCUCUCCACGAGCCGACCGUGCACUCGGGCUAUUCAUCGCGCCUUCUCUCGGUCUCCAAGCCUGCACAUAUCGACGUCUCGAGCGCGCUAUGCUCCCCAGACGCACCACCUUACCAUUCAACCUUAUCCUCGCUCCUUGCCCUCAGCCACCAGAUCAAUGCCGAGAUCAGCACCCACGUCCGCAUCAGAAAUAAGAGAAAGACGAGUCUGUUCAUCCAAUUCCCGCUUGGCCUGCAUGUUUUCAAAACAUCGUGUCCGGACUUUGUACGACAGGCUCGCAGUAUACACAUAGCUGGCAGCUAUCCCAAGUCUGCAAGCCCCAACCAAUCACCACAUCUCGAGCAGCUAGCUCAUCUUGUCUCUACCACCUUGGGCAAAUCACCGCCUCACCCGAUCGAGAAGCUCGAAGCCCGCAUCUACUUUCCUGGGGCCGACUCAUAUCCUCGCGUCUGGGAAGACAGUAGUCCGGCUUCGGUCAUCUUGCGCAAUGUCUGCGGAGGCUAUAUUGAUAUGGAGGUUGCAAGAGGACGACACGGGACUGGUAUCUACGUAUCCGUACGACCACAUGCAGAAAACAAGAGAGUCAUAUCCACCGUCUGGAGAAGGCUGAUUGAAGGAGACGGUGGCCAGCCUGAUUGUGGUGAUUGGGUUGUGGAUAAGCAGUGGCCCGAGUGGAAUACCGAGUUUACUCCUUCCUCGCCCUUACCAUAG